GUUGUGGGUAGAGGGAAACCUUUUGGUCGACCCUGUAGGUUGAGUGUAGCGUUUUUGUGCUGCUGUCUGGUUUGCAACAUGUUCAAUAUACCCAGCUUGCUAUAACGAGGGGGGUGGAGAAGAAGAAGAAGAAGAAGAAGAAGAAGAAGAAGAAGAAGAAGAAGAAGAAGAAGAAGAAAGAGUUUGAGGAAGGAUACCGCAAUGUGGAACUGAAUCUGAAGAAAGCACAGCAGAGCCUACCGCAACUGUAGUUGCUAACCCAGAAGAAUACAUGAAACAUCCUCUGCAAAACAAAUGGGCUCUUUGGUAUUUCAAAAAUGACAAGAGCAAAAGUUGGACGGAAAAUCUGAGACUUAUUGCCAAAUUUGAUACAGUUGAAGACUUCUGGGCGUUAUAUAAUCACAUACAGCAACCUAGUAAACUUGGAUUUGGAUGUGACUACUGUUUAUUUAAGGAUGGAAUCAAACCAAUGUGGGAGGAUGACAGAAAUAAACUUGGAGGAAGAUGGUUAAUGACACUCAACAAACAGCAGAGACAUAAUGACUUGGAUAGGUACUGGAUGGAGACGCUCUUAUGUUUAAUUGGAGAGUCCUUUGAUGAAGCUAGUGAAGAUGUUUGUGGUGCAGUUGUCAACGUUAGACCAAAAGGUGACAAACUAUCCAUCUGGACAGGUAACUGCGAAAAUAAAGACGCAAUCAUGACUAUAGGGCAACAAUACAAAGAGCGUUUGAGUAUUCCUUCAAAAGCCCUUAUUGGAUACCAGUCACAUGAUGACACAUCUAGCAAAAGUGGAUCCACAACAAAGAACAUAUUUACAGUUUGAAGAAAGCCAGUUGUAUUUGCUGUAGGUUUAUAAAAUUAUUCAUCUGCACCAUAAGACAUUUAUGAAUUGUCAACUACAGUAGUGUCCUUUUUUAACAUGUUUAUAUAUGUACAAUAAUCAUAUGCCUUCACAAUAAAAAUGAACAGCUGCAGUAUUUUUCAAUACUAAACAGUCAGAUGACACUCGUGGGCAGAUAUACUGAUCUGUUAUAGUAACAAAGGCUUCAAUUUUCUGUAGAACUUUUAAAGGAUGUUACAAUGAGAAGUAAAUAUAACUUGCUACCACAGAUUUUAAUAAAGUGUAUGAGUAAUAAAUAGAUAAACUGUGGAGGUUGUAGUUAAUGUUUUGAAUAAAACAACCUUUCUCGAUAAGCUCUCUCGCUUUCUUGAACACAAGACCGCUACUAAACAUUCUGACAUGUCUAGCAAAUAUCCAGAAAAGUAAAUGUAAUUGAUCUUCACAGUUAAUCCUUCAUUAUACCAUUUGAAUGCCACAUGUAUUAUAAAUAGUGCUAAUAUGAAAACUAAUCUGAGCUAAGCCUGCCUGAAAACAUUUGACAUGUUCCAGGAAGCAGCCACUAUAAAAUGUUUACUUUUUUUUCUUCCAAAAUAUUUUUGGUUUAGGCUUUGCUGUGAAUUGUUUUAGUUGGUGAACUAUAAAGCUUUCAAGUCCCUUUUUUAUUUUACUUGUGAAAGAUUUUGCAACCAUGAGCUUAUGAGCAUUAAAAAAAUAAAUAAAUAAAUAAAUGAUUACAUGUAAAAUACA